UACCUCACAAUUAAAAUGAGUUUUUUAUAUUACUUAUGUUUUUCCGUUCAAUCCGGUAUUCCCCUCCUACACAUCCUGAACAUUUUCUUUGCGAGUUUUAGUGAUCUAUUCGUGACUAGUCUAUCAGUAUACUUCAACCAGACUCCAAGUCGAAAGCCUCGCAGCAACAACAGGAUGUCAAAAUACAAUUACAAACAACCCGAGAAUGGUUUGUCUGAAAGCAUGAUGAUAGUCAGACGAGAACUUGGUAUGAAUGAAAAAAGUGUCAAGCGGGAUGUCGGUAGACUCAGUAAAUGGUUAAAAGAACAACCAGAAUUACCUGAUAAAUUGGAAGGAGUUGACACGGAUUUGUGGCUAGAAAAUUACUUGAUUAUGAAUAAGAAUGAUGUAGAAAGAGCAAAAGAAAACUUGGCAACUUAUUUUCAAUUAAAUAGUCACAUUCCGGAAGUAAUGGUGGCUGACCGAGAUCCAUUUUCAAGAAAAGAAAUGAUACAAGCAUUUGAAACCACAAUUGUAGCUAUGAUGCCUACUACUAUGGAAAAUGGAUUUAAAGUUGGAGUAUUCAUGCACAGAGCCAACACACUAACGUCAGAAUACAAUCCAACGGGAAUGGCAAUGAUGCUUACAUGCAUUGCUGAUUAUUAUCUAUCUAUGGGACACGAUUUUACCAAAAUUGUAGUGGUCGUUGAUCUAGAAAUGUUACAGUUGGGUCAUCUGGCCAAAUAUCCUUUGAGAGCAAUGCGAAGAUUUUUCCUCUAUGCCUGGAAAGCAUAUCCAGAGAGAGUAGCACAAAUAAACAUCAUUAAUCCACCAAAAAUUUUGAGUGUAGCUUUGACUCUAUUUAAGCCCUUUUUAAAACAAAAAAUCCGUAAUAGAAUAGUUGUUCAUCGCAAUUUAGAUUCACUAAUUGAAAACGUUCCUUUAAAAUAUUUACCUAAGGAAUAUGGAGGUGAAUAUCCAUCACUCGUCGAACUACACGAGGAAUGGCGCACAAAAUUAGCAAACCACCAAGAAUACUUCAGGGUGCGAGUCAACAAACACGUCACACUGAAUACAGAGAGAACUUAAAACUAUAAACAAUACCUAUUAAAACUGUUAAGAAUUUUAACUUUAUUGGUUUAGGGUACUUUUUAGAGCUUAUAUUUUACAAUAGUUUAAAGUAAUUUUUAUGA